AGAAUUCCCACAUAUUACUCUGUACGUUACAUCAUACAUAUGUUUUUGUUAGUGUUUUAUUUAUAGCACUAAUUUAAACAAUUCAUGUGAUAUAGUAGCAAAGAAAAAAGAUAUCUUGUGAUAUUUUUCUUUAAUGAUCUUCUCAUACUAAUGCACAUAAGAGCAUUGAAAUUUAAAAAUAAAAGUGGAACAAAAAUAUAUGAUAAUUAGAAUGAUGAUACAAAGAACAAUCAACUUGUUGAACAAAGCUUUCUCAAACCCAUUUCUAAAGUGACAAGUCGCAACAAUACCAUAACAACCAAUCUCUUGACAAUGGAAGCAAUCGGGAUUCUUAGGAAUAGAUGGGCAGGUUCUUGUUGGGGUUAUGACCAGGGCACUUGGUGGAGAGGUUAUGGUUUUGUGGGGGUUUUGAGCGGUGGACGUGGAGGUGGUUCUGGGGGUGUUUUGGGGAGUUUGUGGAGGGGUUAUGGACAAGGGUUUAGGAAAGUUUUGAGGCAGUGCUGGGAUACCAUCAAACUUGAUGUUUGUAAGGCUGUUCAGGAAUUCUUUGUUGGGGUCAAGCUGCCAAGAGUCUUUGGCAGUACUUUAAUCACUCUUAUCCCUAAAAAUGAGUCUGCCAUCACCCUAGAUCAGUUUAGACCCAUUUCUUUGUCCACUUUCUUUAGCAAGAUUACAACCAGAAUAUUGAGUGACAGACUCAAAAAGCUAUUGCCCAAGCUUAUCUCUCCAGAGCAGGCUGCAUUCCAGCAGGGCAAAAGCAUAACUGAGCAAGUUCUGAUGGCUAAGGAAAUGGUACAUCUCCUUUCAGCAAAGGUGAGAGGAGGGAAUUGUAUACUGAAGCUGGAUCUGUCUAAAGCGUUUGAUAAACUUUCAUGGCAUUUUCUGGAAAGAAUCCUGGCUAAGUUUGGUUUUAAUCAAAGAGUGGUUCAGCUUUUGAUGGGAAACCUUAAAUCAACCUUCUUUUCUGUGCUUAUUAAUGGGCAGCCAAAGGGUUUCUUUCCUAUGAAGUGUGGGGUUAAGCAGGGUGAUCCUUUAUCUCCCUUACUUUUCAUUCUAGCCUUGGAGGGUCUUACAAGAUUCUUGAACUUUCAGCACUCAAUUGGCAGGAUCUCCUCCUUUUCCUCUGGCAGAACCCCAACCCCUAGCCAUCUUCUUUAUGCGGAUGACAUUAUUAUUUUUACAAAGGCAGAUUGCAGAAACCUAUUGAGAGUGAAGACAAUUUUAUCAUCCUUUAUGGAAGCUUCAGGGCAGGCUAUAAAUCUAAACAAAAGUCAAGCCAUUGUGCAUGACAAGAUGAGGCUUGAGCAGAAAAGGGCAAUUACCAGGAUUCUAGGCAUUAAGUGUCAUACAAAGGAGUUUACUUAUUUGGGUUCUACUAUUGUCAGAGGUAAGCUAAGGAAGAUACAUUGCAAGGAUUUGGUGGAGAAGUUUGAAAAGAGGAUAACAUCAUGGUACAGUAGAAAGCUAAACCAGAUGGGGAGGCUUAUACUUAUCAAACAUGUGCUUUCCUCUAUACCUUUACAUUUAGUUGCAGCGCAAACUCUACCAAAAUCUAUCAUCAAAUGUCUCAAUGGCUUGAUGGCUAAUUUCUUUUGGGGAGCUAGGGAUGAUGGUCACAAAUGCCAUUGGAGGAGAUGGACUAGGCUCUGUUUGCCUUUUGAAGAAGGGGGCCUGGGUUUGAGGGAUUUAAAUCUUUGCCAAACAGCUGCCUCUAUUGAUUUAUGGUGGAAGAGAGGUGGUGGAGCUUUGGAGGUUAUAUGCAGUGGCGUCGGAUGCACCUGUCAUUGGCAGCUCUUGGACAGUUAAUCAAUCUUUGCUAGGUUGGUGGUUGUCCUUUAACCGAUCAACGUUUAAGGGUAAUAUCAGAUUUAUUUUGCCGGGAAUCAUUAUUUGGUCGAUUUGGAAGAGAUACAACUCAAUCCUUUAUUCUCAUGGUGUUUGGAAACGGGACGAGGUUAUGAUAUCUAUAAACAAGCUUUUGCAAACGUUGUGUUGGGCGAACAAAAUUGAUACUACAUU